AUGUGCGAUUAUGAACGCAACGUGUCAGAAUGCGAUGUCGAGUCAUCAGGAGAACCACUAGAGGAGAGUUCUGGAUAUUCUAGAUAUGGAGAACAGGAUUCCAAGCUGACUCCAUGUGUGAACAUGGAGAAUGGUCUCUAUGCUCUCGAGUGUACUCCACGCGUAUUAUCUUGUCAAGACGGAAAGGAAGAGAUCUUUGAAUGUCCGUCAAACCUAGUUUUCAAUGAGAAGUCGCUUAUUUGUGAUUAUCCGGAAACCUCCCAAAAAUGUCAACUAGAAGAGACUUUGUUGAUUCGUGAUGCGCCAAUGGCUACUUACGACUGCGAAGUCGAUGGGCUCUUCUCGGUCGCUCUGUGCUCUCGUGAAUACCACAAAUGUUCCGAUGGUCAGCUCAUCAAACAUCAAUGUGCUGAGCCGAACUCAGUCUUCUCGGCCGUCGACGGAGAAUGUGUCGAUUUCUCAACUCUCUCUCAAUGCCACUAA